AACACGGACCGGGAAUCGCCUCCGGCUCGCGAUGAGCGCCAAAGUGCUGAUGGACGAAGUUUCCCUCAGCAGCCUCGUGGAGAAUCUCUCUAAAGAUGUGGAGGCAGGGUUGUCCUCGCAUCCACCCAUAGUCUUUAAAGAGGAGGCGGCAGGGGAGGAGGAGGAGGAGGAUGAGGGGAAACCCGGUGAGCCGCUGUUCCACGGAGACUUGGCGCACUACGUGGCGGAGUUACGCGCGCACCCCGUGGCCUUUACCGGGAAGUUUUCGGUGGAUUCCCGAGACGCCGGAGGACCGUGGACCCCGGGAGACGUCAUCGACGUGGUCAGCGCGGACAUCGCGGCCCCGGGACCCGCCACGGCGUCCGGGUCGCCCCCAGCUUCGCCAGGUGUUUACGCAGGAGGAGGAGGAGAGGCGGCGGCGCAGGACGCGCGGGACGGCACCAUGGCGCACGGGCAGCCGGACAUCAGCCACAUGUACGCGCCCCCACACCCCCAAGCUCACCCGGUCCCGUCGUACUCCUGCAGCGGGGACUGUACCAGGACCCCGCGGCGGCGGGGGGAUACCUGGCCCACGUCCUACCACCCGCCCCCGCCCUACAGCUCCGCCUCCAAACCCGCCGUGGAGGUGCCGCGCGUGCUCUCCAUCAUGCCCGAGUACGGCGGCUUUUACCAGCAGAGCUGCCAGAGGGACGUCCAGGCCGCCUUCCCGGAGAGGAAAGCCCUCCCGUACCCGCUGGACCCCCUCCGCGUGCCCCCGCCCCUCACGCCCCUCAACACCAUCAGGAACUUUACGCUCGGUGCGCCGUCACCGGGCACCGAGGGCCCGAUGGCCGCUGCCUUCCCGAGCCACCAGAACUUACCCCUCAGACCGAUCCUCAGACCGAGGAAGUACCCGAACCGACCCAGCAAGACGCCGGUGCACCAGCGGCCGUACCCGUGCCCGGCGGAGAGCUGCGACCGGCGCUUCUCCCGGUCGGACGAGCUGAGCCCCCUGCGCAUCCACACGGGCCACAAGCCGUUCCAGUGCCGCAUCUGCAUGCGCAACUUCAGCCGCAGCGACCACCUGACCACGCACAUCCGCACGCACACCGGCGAGAAGCCCUUCUCCUGCGACACGUGCGGGAGGAAGUUCGCGCGCAGCGACGAGCGGAGGCGGCACAUGAAGAUCCACCUGAGGCAGAAGGAGAAGAAAUCCUCCUGA